AUGGAUGGAUCUACCGGGUUCACUUGUGUCACUUGCCGUGUGGUCUUCGAGACCGCGGAGCUCCAAAGAGAUCACUAUAAAACCGAAUGGCAUCGGUAUAAUCUGAAAAGACAAGCCGCGGAGCUUCCAGCUAUCGGAUUUGAGCUUUUCAACGAGAAACAGGCUUCGUUUAAUCCUACAAAGCCAGCUGUGUCUGCUGAAAUCGAGCCACUCUACUGCAAAGCAUGCCGAAAAUCAAUAAAAUCAGAAAACGCGAUGACAGAUCAUUUGGCAAGCAAAAAGCAUAAAGAUAUGGAAAAGAAGAGUCUGGAAGAGGUCAAGAAGGGUCCGAAGCAGCCCAGAAAGAAGCCAGAGAACAUGCCAAAGAAACCAGAAGCAGAUGAGAAAAUGGAGCAAGACGAGAAUGACGAAGAUGACGAUUCGAGUGGUUGGGAGACAGAUGACGGAGAAGAGGGAAUGGAAGAAUUGAAUGAGGAUGAGGCUCUUCCAGUGACUUCUUGUCUUUUCUGUCCACAAACCAAGCCAAAUGUGGAAGAAAUGCGUAAACAUAUGAAUUUCCAUCAUGGAUUCCAACUUCCAGACAGACAAUAUCUGGUAGAUGAGCUUGGAUGUUUGAACUAUUUGGGUCUCAAAAUCGGAGCUGGACGUUGUUGUAUCUAUUGUCCAGAUUCAAAAGCUAGAUACGAUUCAAUUCAAAGCUGUCAGCAACAUAUGAGAGAUAAGGAGCAUUGUAAAGUGCGUAGAGAUCCAACGAGUAUGAUUGAACUGGAUGACUACUAUGACUAUAGUCCGAUGUAUGAGGGAGAUGAGGAUAAGAAUGAUUCGGAGCUUUUUGAUGAUGGAUGGUCGUUGACUCUUCCAUCUGGAGCUAAGAUUGGCCAUCGGCAUCUUCAUCGUUACUUUAAGCAGUACCUGAAACCGGUGGACGGUACGCAGAGAAUCGCUUCGAGAGCUGCCAUUGAUAAGGCUAGAGGAUUCUAUCCAGCGCUUGCAUGGACUGGAACUACUACUGUCGAGGCUAAGAAGGUCGCUCGUGACAUGAAGUUCGUCGAGAGAUUCCGCCGUCGUUUCGAUCUACGCGUGGCCGUCAAAUCGAACAAGCUAUUCAAAACUCGCGGAUUUGUCGGAGACAAUCAUUGA